GGCUGGAAACCGCAUGCAACGUCCAAGAACGGCCGGAAGUUUUGUUUUGUUUCCUGGAGACUUUCGAAGAGGAAACAAAUACAGCUUAAAACCCGAAGAACGAGAACAAGAGGAAACCAACACUUGUCCAUGAUAUGAAAGAUGCCUAAGGGGGAAACAAGAGCCACAGGGCGACCAAGUAUUCACGAUGACAAGUGUGGAACGUCGCCACGUAAUAAAACACCCCAGUCUUCAUCGGCUACAGGAAGGUCCCCACGAGUGACUAGGAGUGCAAAAGAGAACCAGUCACCUAUUCGAAGAAAUAAGCCAAGAGAUGACCAAAGCAGUGGUGAAGAGGAUCUGGAUGAGGUGGACCGCAGCACAAACAUGUACCCUGACCUAUCUCCAUUUUCAUCAUCAGCAUCAGGUUCCCCCCAGGCAUGGAACCUGGACGAUAAUGAAGGACACACUCUCAAUGAUACAUUCUACAGCACACGUUCACAGUGCCACACCAGAGCAAUGCAAAAGACCCCAGUCAAAGGGAGUCUGCCCAGGGACAGGCCUGUGACCCCAGAGCAAGGAGCUCAGGGGUGUAGGGUCAUUAGAGGAGGAGGAGGAGAAUUGGGUGACAGAGACAAGAUCCGUGCCAGAAGGGGUCCUGCGCCCUUGUUAAUCAUAGGCUUCACUUUUCUCCUUCUCUUUGCUGUGCUAAGGCUAAAGCAGAGCUUGGAUGAAGUACAUGAGCUCUCUGAUCAGAAAGCAUAUGUCAAACCAAUAGAAGAGGUCUACAGUGAAUUCAAACAGGACCUCAAACAUUUCAUCAGUAAGUUCACACAGGAUAAGAAAGUAUGGGUCCAGUUAUUAGGACAGAUUGGUGGAAUCAUGGUUGACUCGCCUCCACAACCAGCCGUAUUGCUGGUGGUUGUCCCAGAAGAUGCCAGAGGGACAGCCACCUGCCUCAUCUACACCAUUGCACACAUGCUCAAUAAAGCCUUUGAUGACACAAGAUUUGUAAUGUACGACACCAAGACCAAUGGCCUAGCCAAUCUCGCCUCACUGAAAAAAGAACUUGACGACACCCUCAAGGGGCUUAGCACAUCUCACACGGCUAUUAUACACAAUAUAGAGAAUAUCCCAGGCAAAGCGGCGAUGAUUUUCCAUGCAUACUGUGACAAUGAGAAUGCUCCAUUUAAGCAGGCUGUGAUCUUCCCAAUGUUAGACAUCAAAGGAAAGUAUGAAGAAGUGGCCCAGGACAAAUCAAGAUUGGAUGACACUGUAGAUAAAUACCUGAGCCAACUCUGGGGUGCCGAGCUGGUGGACAAGGAUGUGUCCGCCAUUAUCUCACGGGUGGCAAAUGCUCCAAUGCUGAUCAAGCCAGAGCCAGAGGAAAGAAUCAAGAUGAUGUGUCCAAUAUGAGGAAGAAAAGGGUGCUCAAAGCUGAUAUGGCAGCUUCACUCCUGAAGUGCCGAUGAGCUUCCUCUUAGAUUUAGAUAAGGUUGACCUGGAGACAGCUGUGAGCACGCAAGUAUGCAGGAAAUUGUUGCUGGAAGAAAAGCGAAAGACUGUAUUCUAAAUAGUGCUGGUUGUGGAUUGAAAAUGCUAGUUUCUUUAAGAUUUUCUUUCCUGUUUUCUGCUUUCUUUUUUCUGUAUACCCAGUGAGGAUUGUUAUAUCAUGGAUUCUAAAUGCUAUGCAAUGUAGCUAUAGGAUUACCAGAUGUUAAUAGUAAGUGCAGCUAGUUAUAUAUCAUUACAAAUUUGUUUUAUUUAUUUUUCUUAUUUAUUUAUUAUUAUUAUUGUUGUUAUUAUUAUUAUUAUUAUUAUUAUUAUUAUUAUUAUUAUUGCUUUUUAUUUUUAAUUCUUUAUAAGUCCCAAUUACUUCAGUCCCUCUCCUUUUCACCCAUUUGCUGCUGACCCUCUUAAUAAGUGCCUUCUGUGAUUGCUUUUGAUAUUGAUGAGGGUGAAGUGCAUACUUUAAGUGCAGACAUGAACCUGAUUUUAUGGCAUUUUAAAUAAUUGUGUUACCCAAUUAUGUUACUGAAGAGUGACUUUGAUAGAAGAAUUAAUACUAAAAACUCUGCUAAUUGCAUUGUUUAAUUUCAAUCUCAUGCUUAACAGUUUGUUGUUAUUAUUAUUAUUAUUAUUAUUAUUAUUAUUAUUAUAUUUCUGAUUAUUAUUGUAAUUAUUUAGUUUUUCUUUUCGUUUUGACUAAUCUAAAGAUUUUUUUCUGACAUGAGUAGCUUUCCUUUAAUCCUGUUUCAUCUCUUUAAAUCCAUCUCACCUAAAUGUAAAUGAAAUAUAAUUACAUUUUUAUUCUGUUAUGAAUUUAGCUGUUGAUGCUUGGAAUUUAUGUACAUAUGUAGUACCCACUACACUUUUGUUUCAUAAAAUGUUAUAGAUAGUCUAGAUGGAUCCACAAAUAAUUGAUAGGGCUGCCUGACCUGACUUAUUUACCAAAUUACUUAAAUUUUCAGAAAAAAAAAAAAAUUCUAUUACUGUUGUUAUUGUUAUUAAUAUUGAUAUAAUAUCAAUAACAAUGACAAAAGUAGUAAUGCUGAUUGGAAUAAUAAUAGUAAUAGAAAUCAAAACUUUUUCCAAAAAUAAUUCAAGGAAUGGGGUGAAAAAGUGAACUCAGGUAGCCCUAGUAUUUCACUCUUUGGUAACUAAAAGCUUAUGAAAAGAAAUAAUAAAACAAAACCAUACUGGACAGCAUGUGUUCCCAGCAUCAGUGGUUUCAAGUUCUUUCACUUCACAUUGUUUUCACUUUCAGAAUACAGAUAGGUGUUGCAGUAUUCUAGUAGAUUUUCAUGCCACAGCUGUAUACCAGUGUUAUGGGUGGAUUUUGUGCACAGGAUUGAUAGAUGUAAUCAAAGUCCAAUUAGCUGGUUUAGUGUGUAAAUGAAAAAAAAAAAGUAUUUAUUUUGUGGGGAUAGCAUGAUUGUGUUUAUGGUGUCUAAUAUUUGGCUGUGGAUGAUGUGUAUCUAAUCAAUUGCAAUCCAUCAACAGAGGUUGUUGCACAAGAUGUCAGUCAUUGGAUACAUACAUAAUAAUUGAUAGUUAGAGGGUGCUUCAUGACUUACAGAUAUUUGUAUUUACACAAAGAAUAAAGCUAUUAUCUAGUCGUAAGUGAAAUAAAGUAGCCAUCUGUAGUCAGAGAAUUCUUACCUGGAUGAAAAAGGGGAAAUAAUCUGCAGAGUGAUAAAGAAAGCACUUAUUGUUGUUCUACUUAAAUGACCCAGUUAAAUUAAAGUUUACUCUAUAUGUCUGUAUCUGGUACUUUCUUAGUGCAAUUUAUGCAGUGAAUUUCAGUUAUACCUUGUGAUUUUGGGUGUUUAUACAGAUGAAUGUGAGAAUAAAUGUAUGAUUGAUUUUUCAUUCUGAUGUAUUAUUACUAUUGUUUGUUACAUCAUUUCUCUUGUGAAUUAUCAUUUGUUUGAAAACCUUUGUAUUUACUAUACCUAAUUUUUAUAUGCACAAAAUUUUUCAUAGUACCUCAGCUUAUUUGAUUAUUUUUUAAUUUCUAUUAUGAUGUGUAUUAACAUUAUUAUUAUGUUGUCAUUAUUAUUACUAUUAUUGUUUUCAUUACUAUUACUAUAAUUACUGUCAUUACUAUUGCUGUUAUUAUCAUCAUUGUUAUUUGUAUUUUAUUAUCAUUUCUUAGUAAUACCAUCACAGUUUAUUAUCAUUAUUUUUUUAUUUUUUAGUUACCUAAUUUGAUUAGGCUAGAUUAAUACAAAGAGCAGAUAAUCUUUAAUCAUACAUGUUUAUUCAUAAAAACUGGCUUCCUCUUUCUUUUCAGAGUGCAUCCACCCCUUUCUCUCUUAUUUUAUAAAUCAUUUGUAAAACAAACAAAAAAUUAAAAAGGUCUUCUUAGAAGUACAUAUUUGCAGGUUUCCGUUACCAUAAAUAGUCUUAAAGAUUAAGUAUUGUUGUGUUCACCUGAUUUCACUACUACAUCCUUUGAUAAUAAAUAUUGUUAUAUU